UCUUGUUUCUCCUUCCUACUAACCUCCUAAGAAACUUCUAGAAACAAAACAGAAAUUUCUCAUCUUCUCGAUCCAUCCGUUUCUAAGGGAGAUUUGGAUCUGAAUUAGUAGUAACAGUGGAUGUCAUGGUGCCGUCGUCGGUUGAACAUACCGGCGAAUCUGCCGCCGGUGAGAAUCAGAGAUCUCUUCCGACGCCAUUUCUGACGAAAACUUAUCAGCUCGUCGAUGAUCCCGCAAUGGACGAGCUGAUCUCGUGGAAUGAAGAUGGAACGACAUUCAUUGUUUGGAAACCUGCUGAAUUUGCUAGAGAUUUGCUUCCUAAAUAUUUCAAGCAUAAUAAUUUCUCCAGUUUUGUUCGGCAGCUUAAUACUUACGGGUUCAGAAAAGUUGUACCUGACCGAUGGGAAUUCGCGAAUGAAUGUUUCCGGAGAGGUGAGAAAGGACUACUUCGUGACAUUCAACGCCGGAAAAUCUCACCGACAGGCACCGCUGUGACUGCGGUUGCACCAGCUGUAGUAUCUGUAAAUGCAGCGCAAGCGGUGACGGUUGCGGUGGCACCGGCAGUGAGGAUGGUUUCUUCAUCGAAUUCCGGUGACGAGCAGGUGUUAUCGUCCAACUCGUCGCCAACAGCUACGGCUGCCGCAGCCGCAGCGGCGGUGCUAAGGACCACCACGUGUACGACGACACCGGAGCUUCUAGAGGAAAACGAACGGUUAAGAAAGGAGAACGCGCAACUGAAUCAGGAAUUGAAUCGGUUGAGAAGUUUAUGCAAUAACGUAUACAAUCUGAUGUCCAAUUUCACGGUGAAUCCGUUGGAUAUGACGGCGGGUAUACCGGAAGGACGAGCUCUCGAAUUGCUUCGUACGGGGCAGAUUGCAGCGGAGGUGGACGGAGGCGCCACCUUCACGGUGGGGGAAAGCAGCGGCGUGAAGGCGGAGGAAGAUAUGAGCCCACGGUUGUUUGGUGUAUCAAUUGGGGUAAAGCGCGUGAGGAGAAGCAACGAAGAAGAAUCUGAAAGAGUACAGGAUCAAGUACAACCGCACGGAUCAGACGUGAAAUCAGAGCCGUUAGAUUCAGGAAGCGCUCAUCAUAAUGAUCAGCCAUGGAUAGAUCGAUUAGGCUGAUGAAUUUUCACUCAAAAAAAAAAAGACAAAAAAAGAAAUAAAUUAACAAGUAGGUCCCAUGAAAGUGGGAUCCACAAAAGCACUUACUGGAGAAACGAGAAAGAUGAGGAUGUUGAUAAAGAACACGUGUACAACGGAAGAUAAUUAUCAAUGUUGGUUGCUUCUGGUGCCUUCUAGAAGAAAGUGAGUCCAAAUGGAUUUUAAAAAAGGUCACCAAAAGAGGUGGAAAAGGAGAAAAAAAAAAGGUGGCUUUUUAAAAUGAUCCAUAAUUGGAUUGGAAAAAUAGAGGGGAGCUGAGCUGGCCUGGUUGAAAAAGAUGACAAAUGUGCGGAAUGUAGUCAAUGUUUUAGUUGAGAUAGGAAGUAUUUAUGUUACAAGGUGCCAAUUAAUUUUUGGCUAGAAAAUUGUUUGUACAUAAUUGAAAAGUAAUAAUGUGGAAAUUGUUAGUUAGUUCUUAGUAAAUUUACUGAAUAUUUGUUCUUA